AUGCGGUCUCCUUCACCGAGCAAAAAGUCGUGGGAUAGCUUGCCUGGCGAAAUCCGCCUUCUCGUCAUCCAAAGCUUGGUGCAAGAUGGUUCCACGCUGGCUUGCCUGGCCGCCGUAUCUAGAGCGUGGCAGGCUGACAUCGAGCGACACAAUUUCACUCGCAUCAAAUUAACCCCAUCGCGACUCAUGGAUUUUCGUUCCAUGAUCCGUCGCAAUCAGGCUCUCACACGCUAUAUCUGGUUCUGCUUAGAACUCGACGGCUAUGAUUGCACACAGUGUGCACCUAAGACUGGAGAGCUCACACGUGAAGAGCGGGUAGCUGCAUUGACUGUUAGCGACACAGAACACUGUCCUAUUACCACGGCCUUUCAGGAUUUAUUCUCGAUUCUCAGUGAAUGGGACCAAGACAGCGAAUUAAUGCUUGACAUCAGCAUUUACUCGCCUAGUGACGCUCAGCAUUGGUUUCCCUAUCUAACCUUUGUGCCUGAUAACCCUUCCGAUAGACUAGAGGGCAGUGGCCUAGAGCUGACCACAAUAACCCAAGGCUAUCAUGACCCUUUCCACGGCUGGGUUACUGGUUUUCAACACUCAGCUCCACCUCGGGAAGCGAUCUACAAAGUUUUCCAUUCUAUUAUAGAGGAGGGACCGUUUGAUAGUGACCAGUCAGAGUUCCGAUGGUGGGAUCAGCUUCCGUCAGUCUCUGCAGUUACUAGUAUACUUCUCCGGCAACAGAACCGCCGCAGAUGGAGGCCAUGCACGCUGGCCCAUAUGUUGGCCCGUUUUCCCCGACUCCAGGAAGUCUAUUAUGAGCCCUGGAGGGAAUGGAGCUCUUUAAAGCGCCUUACAGAUAGGCUCUUUGAGAACUUCAACCAACAGUACCCAGUAUUUAUGCAACGAUUUCUCGAUGGGGAGGAUUUGGCCCAGUGCGACAGUAUUCGUAAUCCAUCUCCAGCUGUUGCCCGAUCGAUUGCACUCACCAGCCUCCCGCUAGAGCAUCUCACCGCCUCCUUUAUUAUAGAGGCCAGUCAUUUCUUCGCCAUUGACCCUUCUUGGGAGUGGCCUAACCUAACCUCGCUGGUAUUGACUUCCCGACUCCUCACACCGGAAGAGGAUUCUACCAAGAUAGACGACCUACUACAGGCAGCGGCGGUGGCGGCCCUCAGGAUGCCACGGCUAGAAACCAUGGAGAUCUGGAACGGACAAAAAGGAUUGGCGGCGCUCUUCCAGUAUCGCGCGAUCCGCGGUUCACAGCAAACCAGGAUUCUUUGGAGGGGCACAUGGAAAUAUCACAUAACACCCUCUGUCCUUCAGGCUUGGGAAGCUGUCGGGCAUCUACAUGACAGUUGGGGACUCGAUGUGGUCCAGGAACAGGUGGAGGAAGCAGACAUCCAGUCACAUGGCGAUGCCUUGCACCACCUACUGCUCUCUGGUCAAGUCAUUCGGUCUGUCUCAUUGCAGCAGAUCCGGAGGGAACAAAAGUCUCUGGAGGGCGUGACGAUUGUGUCAUGA